CGCAGGCACGCUCAUUACAAGAAGAACCCGACACAACGAUGGAUGGUGGUGGAAUUGUUUGCCUUCGCGCGAUUCAUUAAAUUUGACCGCGACCUUGCGGUUUUUUUCAUUGUUGGUGAGAUCGACGAAUGAACGUACACCGUGUUCACAAGGUUAAAAGAUGCGUAACCUUGAAGUGGUGGUAAGCAGGGCUGCAGUGCACGUACAGAGGCGCUUAGUGUAAGCCACCUGAUAGUGUAGAAGGCGCACACGCAAGCGACAUUGUAGUCCAUAAGAGCAAGAAGUUAAAAACAAAACACUCACCAUAAGGAGCGCUCGGAAUCGAGGAUGAACAAAAGCUUGCACCGUCGGUGGAGAAGACGAGCAAACGGUUGCACGAUUGCACCUUGAAACGUGAGCCGAUAAUGGUGAAGGUGACAAACCACCCCCACUCAUCCCAUUCAACGAAAACAAAUCAAAUGAAGCGGGCUUAGUGAAUUCGGCAGUGGAAUGGAAGUUUUGUCCGUGCUGUCGCUGCUGUUUUGGCGUCCCAACGAAACUAAGGUUGUACUGCAGGUGGUGCGGUGCUGUGGUGGUUACAAAACCAUCAACAACAACAGCAGCAGCAUCUAAAUUCUAACCUCGUAAACGAACUAAGGCGACUACAGCGAAUAAGACGAACGUGAAAAAGAAGGUGGUGAUGAUAUAACACCAUCACUGUACGGGUAACCCAAUGUGCACUAUGUGAAAAUUGGUUGGAGCUCCAGAAAAUUGUUUGGUGCUGUUCGGGGAAUACGUUCAUCCGGAUUAGGAAGUGUACUUUUGAUGUGCCUGUGUGUGAGGGAAAAGAAAAGUAGCCAAAGAAAACGAGCGUACAUGUACAAGGAUCGUACAGGGCGCAAAUUUUUACCUUUGUAAUAGAAACGUAAUGAUGAAUACUUUUUAGCAAAUGAACCAUUAUUAUGAAAUGUGGCUAUUUUGCGUUUGAAUAAUACUGAUCAAACGCGUGUGUCCGUGAAUACCACCGUUCCGCUCGUUGCGUAGCAACGCACCAGAGAACGUAAUCGCAUAAAAGAUAGAACGAGAGCGCAAACAUCAUGGAUCGUGACAAAAACGAUACGUCGUCAAAUUCUGGCAUCGCAGGAGGCUUUGCUGGGUGCAUAACACGCUUCAUCUGUCAGCCGUUGGAUGUGCUGAAGAUACGCUUCCAGCUGCAGGUGGAACCGCUCAGCGAACAGCACGUAACCUCGAAGUAUCGCACCAUCGCCCAAUCGACCCGGUUAGUGUAUCGUGAAGAAGGUCUUCGUGCUUUCUGGAAAGGCCACAACCCCGCACAGGUGCUUUCGAUCAUUUACGGUGUGGCACAGUUUUCAUCCUACGAACGAUUCAAUCAUCUGUUACGAACGGUCGACACCUUUGAGCGGCAUCAGAGUGGUCGCAACUUUGUGUGCGGUGCAUUGAGCGGUACGUUCGCUACCGUGAUUACAUUACCACUGGAUGUCGUCCGUACCCGACUGAUCUCGCAAGACCCGGGCCGAGGUUACCGCAGCUCAGUUCAGGGGCUGAAGCUCAUCUACACAUACGAAGGCGUACGCGGACUAUACCGGGGUUUAGGUCCGAGCGUGCUCCAGAUUGCACCGCUUACCGGAGGCCAAUUUAUGUUCUACAACAUCUUUGGCAGCAUGUUCCGGCAGUAUUUCAAUAUCAGCGCGAACGAGACGCUACCAGCGAUCGAGCUGUUCAUUUGCGGUGGACUGGCAGGGCUGUGUACGAAGCUGCUCGUGUAUCCGCUGGAUCUCGCCAAAAAGCGUCUACAGAUUCAGGGCUUCGCUAAAAGCCGCCAAACGUACGGGCGACACUUUGUAUGUGAUAACAUGUUCAACUGUCUGUACAAUAUCGCCAAGCAGGAGGGCAUGAUCGGACUGUACAAGGGACUGUAUCCGGCGCUGCUGAAGGCGUGCUUUAUGUCGGCGUUUUACUUUGCGAUCUACGAUGAAAUGGUGCUGAUUCUGAACCACUGAUAGUAGGAGACCGCCUAAGCGCAACUAGAGAUAAACUUCCUCGUCAUGCGUUCACUCCCAGACGGCAAUGUAAGCGAAUACUCGAUUCGAAUACUUGAUUAGAAGACAAACCACCCUGUCAUACGCUUGUCUUCCAGUCUCCAAGUACUCAGGCAGGUUUAUACAUCAAAACACGGGUAAUUCUAGGGGAAAAAACAGGAAUCUACAUAUCCCUCCAGAAGGUUGAACGUAUGGGAGGGAUGGCAGAAUGUCUAAUUGAUCCCAGUGAAAUGCGCGACGUUCCAUAUCACACUUGACAUGCAAAGUUGUAAACACACUUUGCCCAAUGGUUUGUCCCAAUUUAGGUGGGCCGUAAAGAAAAGUAACCGGGCUUACAAAACAUAUGGAGCCCGUUUGUUCCAACAAUGCUUUACUGCUGUAUCGAAUAAUGCGAUUUCACGCUUCAUCACGAAUUCUAUCCGGAUUGGAUAUAGUUUAGCUAGAUGUUAAGACAAGGACAUACACUCGCCGCAAUUGCCUAAUAUGCCGCUUUAUUGGAGUUAGUGGACGUGAUCAGAAUAAAGAGAUCCCCCACGCUAGAGUACGGGAUAGUUUGACACGCAUCGGGACAAAUGACAGGUUAUGUACUUACACUUUGUAUCGUUUUUUGAAUAUCGAGAUUGUUUUAGUUCCUAAUAUCUGAUAGCUGUACGGACAACAUGAGAUGAUUUCGCUUUGUUUAUAUUUACGUGUCCGUUGUAUUCAGCGAGCCCCAGGAGUAAUUACCUCAGGAAACGUUUACGUUACAAUUAAGUGUUAAGGUCCGUUCCUUCAGGCAAAGAUGAAAUGGCAAAUGCUCAAUAAGGAAGAGUAGGUUAGUUUGUGUUUUCGAAUUUAUAUAUCCAAUUGUUUGGUGCUUUAAUUUUUCACGUAUAGAAAUGUAAAUGUUUUAUUCCCUCAUGUUGAUACAUUGGCAAGGAACUAUAGGCACAACAAGGAAUAAUAGCAAACGAGCAGUAGUAAACACACCACGGCACUAUACGCACACCACCACAUUACAUUGUGCAGGCUCCAGUUGUACAUAUUGUACGGCCACAGUUGGCCACACCGUGACAAGCAAACAAUUAGUAGAUGAAAUUGUGAAUGUAGCGCUUUCGGUGCGCGCGCCCGCGGCCUGUAUGCCAGAGUAAGAUUGCUAACAUACGAAUACGAACUAUUAGAUAAGUAUUUAAACACGGUUUUACUGGUAGCUGGAUUGAAACGCAAACCACGUAAAAAAGCAAAAAAAAGUGAUGAAAGGAACUAUGAAAAAUGUAUGUGUUUGCUAAUCCUAAAGAGACUAAUGUAGUUGGAGUACGACAAUAAAAAGACGUUAUUAUAGUCAAUAUCGCAAUGUAAAAUUACACUCGCUCGCCCCCCCCCCCCCCUUCACAGUUCAACAAACUUGACUGCGAAAACAAUAGUCAAUUGAUUUGCGUACAGGGUUUGGGAUAGAAAGUUUGUAGCGCUGUUGAGUCACGACUACCUAAGAUAGGGCGAAAAGAAAAAAAUUGUUCGGAGGAACCAUUCCUGGAUUUGUUAAGUUCGUUAAUCAUGCGCUCUUCGUAAUCUAAACUACAGUGUAAUUUAGUUUAGAUAAUUUCCUUAAAAUUGAUUAGUUCCGAAGCUCUUAAACUAACUAUCGUUGAGCAACCCUACACAUUGAUCUUGAUUGAUGAACCUUUAACAGUAGCUAUUAUUAAGCUAUUAAACGGCCAGUUUUUCAUUUGCAUAAAUCAAGAGAUCAUGUUCUAGCAGGACGUAACACUAAAUCAUUCAACUUUUAAGUUGUAUGAAUGUUCUUUUGCUAUCGGCGAUCAAUAUCGCAGUGUUAGCAAACCUUAAUUAAUCAUCGAUGUUACAGGUAAAAAUUUUCCUUUAUCUAUUUUUAGACGAAUAAGUACUCUGUUGGUCAAAUUUAACGGUUUGAAGAUCCACUAUUGGUCAUUUGUUCGUGGAUCUUUUGGUAAGAUCGAUGAUGUCAGAGGGGAAAAGAGAUAUCAGCAAGCAAGACUCGAAUGGGGUAUAUCAGUUAUAAUUUAGUGUUACGCCUUCCUUGGUAGUGUUCUUCUAGUAUCCGGAAAGUUGAAAUCUUGAAUAUCAAAUCAAUUUUGAGGAUCAAAGAAUCAAAUUGAAAAAGUUCCUUUUUUUACAGACCAACAUCUUGGAACAAAAAUACUACUCCUGCCUAGAUCGUCUGGCAUAUAGAUUCAUGAGCUAGCUUAAUGAAAAUUUCUUUAGGAACAGCUAGCCCGCGGACUUAUUUUAGAUGUUGCGAAGUUCAGCUGGAUGCUAGUUUAGCAUGGUAAAAUAAUGUCUGAGUACUGUGUCCAGCUUUAGGUAGUUACGACUGCGCAUAAACUUAAUAUAAGGUCGAAUGAAGAUACAUAUUAUCCUUAAAGAAAAGAACUGGGCGAAAAUAAAACUAA